AGCUCCAGCUCCAGCUCCAGCUCCAUCCCCGGCUUCUCCUUCUAUCCCAUCAUCUCACCCAGCUGUCCAGCGCCGCCACCGCAAGAGAAAAGUCGAUGACCUCACUAUCGACUUCCUCCCAUCAGCUCUUCCCCCACCACCGGCGCCGACUGGUGGUCGCCCAAAACGGAGGGCCGCUAUGAAGGCAAGAGAGUUGCUGACCGCAACUGCGCCGCUUACACGUGAAUCGAGAUCGAGUUCAUUGGAAAUGGAGGAUAGUGACCGUGAACGCUCGAGGUCUGUGGAAGCUCAGGGACCUGCAGAAAUUCCGGCGACGCCGGCCUCAGCCCACCCUCGGGAACGCACCAUGACGGCGGAGCAGGAGAGACCUAGUGAAGAGAUGUCCGUUGAGGAGAUGUCGGCUAAUCGUGGUCGGCCGAGAUCGGUCCAAGCUCGUCGUUAUUCGGGACUUCAGGAGAAGCCUGUGGUCCAUAGUGAUCGGUCGGAAACUGCACAACAAGAUGUGCCUGUCUCGGAACUACCAGCGCUCAGUGGCAACUCUGGAUCUACUGGAGGUUACCGUGACGCAGAAGUUCAUGUUCAGGAGAAGCUGCCGACGCUUCGUGGAAGGUCGAGACAUGCGGGUACACAGCAGCCUUCACCACAAUCGAUGGCACCUGUAAAGGCGCCAGCACCAUCGGGACCGACACCCGUGAAGCGAGGUCGUGGACGCCCGAAGAAGAUCCGGCCCGAAGCUUCCCUUCCGCCUGCGCCUGCGCCUGCCCCAGCUGAAGCAGCAGACGAAAUACCUGAGCAACAACUAGUACCAGAGUCUGCUCUCGAUGUUGCACCUCAGCCGGCGGCUGACAUAGCGUCUGAGCUUACAUUUAUGCAUGGCCCAGCUCAUGACCCAGCUCCUGGUGUUGUGCCGGAGCUUGCAUCCGAGGUUGUGCCUAAGGUUGUGUAUGCCCGCGAGGUAGCGCCAGAGCCGGUACCUGAGCCCGAACCAGCGCUUGAGGAAGCGCGUGAGCCUGAGAUGGUUCCUGAGCCUGAGUUUGUGCCUGGGCUCGUAUUGAUGCCUGAGCCCGCCCCUGAAGUUGUGCCUCUACAUGCACCCGGGGCUGUGCCUGAGCUGGUGUUCAUGCCCGAGCCCGCACCUGAGGUUGUGUCUGAGCCUGAGAUGGUGUUUGAGCCUGAGGUUGUGCCUGAGCUUGUAUUAAUGCCUGAGCCCGCCCCCGAGGUUGUGCCUCUACCUGCACCUGAGGUUGUGCCUGAGCCUGUGUUCAUGCCCAAGCCCACCCCUGAGGCAGCGCCUCUACCUGCACCUGAGGUUGUGUCCCAGAUAACCACGGAACCAGCGCUAGAAUGUGCACUAGAGGCCGCGUUUGAGCCCAAGCCAGCAGAACCCGAGUCAGCAGAACCCGAGCUUGAGCCAGCAGAGUCAACAGAACCCGAGUCGGAGCCAGUAGAACCCGUGGUAGAGCUAGCAGAACCCGUGGUCGAGCCAGCAGCACCAGCAGCACCAGCAGAGCCAGCAGAGCCAGCAGAGGCCGAGGUCGAUCCAGCAGAACUAGCGGAGCCAACAGAACCCGAGGCGGAGCCAGCAGAACCCGUGUUCGAGCCAGCAGAGCCCCAGCUUCAGCCAGUAGAGCCCGAGGCGGAGCCAGCAGAACUAGCACAGCCAGCAGAGCCCGAGCUUCAGCCGGUAGAACCAGCAGGGCUAGCGGACCCCGAACCCCAGCCGGUAGAACCAGUAGGGCUAGCAGAGCCCGAGCCUGCACCAGCAGCGCCCGAGCCUGCACCAGCAGCGCCCGAGCCUGCACCAGCAGCGCCCGAGCCUGCACCAGCAGCGCCCGAGCCUGCACCAGCAGCGCCCGAACUUGAGCUAGCGGAGCCCAAGCCCGAGCCCGAGCCAGCAGAGUCAGUAGAACCAGCAGAGCCCAAGCCCCAGCCGGUAGAACCAGCAGGGCUAGCGGACCCCGAGCACGAGCUGGCAAAGCCCGAGCCAGAGCCAGCAGAGCCCGAACCAGCGCCAAUAGUAGCACCUAUGCCCGCAGUACCCCCAAAGAGACCUCGUGGACGGCCACCGAAGAAGAAGCGACCCAUACCUCUGCCUCGAUCAGCACCAGCACCAGCACCAGCGCCUGAGCAAGAGCCAGAGCAAGUGCCGGUGCCAGCGAUGGAAGAAUCGACACUCCCGCCGCCGCCAAGGACUCGCCGCGCUUCACGAUCACAAUCAAGGGUCGCACCGGUGCAAGAAGAAGAAACAAUCCUUCUCCCACCGCCGCUACACAUUCGCUCUUCACGAUCGCAAAUAUUGACCGGACCAGUGCUAAAUGGGGAACUGCCACACUUGCCGCCGCCGCCACGGCCUCGCCGAUCUUCGCAUUCACAGUCAUUGUCCAGGCUAGUGCUAGAACAGGAACCGACACUCCCGCCUCCGCGGCCACCACCAGCACGCACCCGCCGAGCUUCGCGUUCACAAUCAUUGACCGGGUCAGUGUUAGAAGACGAACAGGCACUCCCGCCGCCGCCGACACCACGGACUCGUCGAGCUUCGCGUUCGCAAUCAAAGACUGCCGCCGAGAAUCCCAAAACAGCGGAUGAAAAGGAGUCCGAUGAGAGAAAGCGGCUGACUGCGUCUCCGACCAAACAGCUCCUGCAAGAAGCAGCGAGUGAGCCGGUGGGGCUUGCACCUGAGAUAGAAGGUGGAGAGAAUGAGAAAGUGGCCGUCGAGACUCCAGGUGAGGAGGAGGAGGGGCAGGGGGAGGUUGUUCCAAAGGAAUCAAGCCCAGAGAGAGAGAAGGAGAAGGCGACAGGGGAAGAAAAGGAUGUUAAAUCCCUGCCCAUUCCAGCAGUGGAUGUACCCCACGAGGAGGUACCCAAGGAGAAAAAGAACGACGAGAAUAAUCCUGGGGACGCAGCCGCAUUUCGAAAUGCCAUGGGCGAGAUUGGCGCAUCCGUGAAGACAGCGGAGGACGAAUCUCAGCCUCGCCCUAAGAAAGUUGUUAGAUUUAAGUUGCCUAGCAAGUUUCUGGCCAGCCUCGAUGAUCUUCCCCCGCUAGCCGAUCCGGAGAGUUCUAGAGAGGAGAGUUCUAAAGAGGGGAUGUUGGAAAAGCCGGAAGAUUUGCUUAUGGCUGACGAGCAGGCGAAAGCUGUGGCUGCGGCACGCCACCUCCUGAGUCUCUCUGGCCGACAAUAUCUUGCCUCUCGGCCGCCUCCGAAAAGACUUCCUACUAAGCAUGAGAAGUCUACUAUUUGUCCGGUUUGUCAGAUCACGCUGUUUGAGAUCAAGAGGAAGAGGGGAUUUCCACCGGACUCAAAUGAUACUCAGCUUGCGGCGCAUGUGGAGAGCUGUCUAGAUUCUCGGCCGCGACAAUGGGGCAAUGAUGAUGGAGACGACAAUACGCCGCUACGUGGGGAAUCUUCGGACGAAGACGACGAUCCUGAGAGUGCAUCAGAGACUAGGGAGAGCCAGAAUCCCCCAAAGAUUCAUCUACCUUCCUACCUCCAGAAGGGUGAAGUUACGGGAGAGAUAUCGCUUUUUGCGCCAUUGGUGCCCGUCACCGAAUUCACGAAACUCUUCAAUGACCCGAACCUGACCGCAGGACAAGUCCUCGCGGUCGAGGAAUCACUGGUCUUCGCCAUGGCGGAAGCACAGCGGGAGUGGCAGGAGCUGGAACAGCUGGCACUGGAACACGAGAAGGCAGCGAAGACGGAAGCGAAGAUGGAAGCGCAGAGCCUCGGAACAUUUGCUGCCCCCGACAAGCGCAGACCCGGCAAGCGUAAGGCCGCCUUUAUCCCCAACCGGCGGGGCCCCCUGGAGCCCGAAGACCCAGUCGUGUACGAAGACAAGAAGGAAGCCCUCCUUUACGGCUUCGAAUACGAUCCCAAUCCCGCCAAGCGUGGAAGGCAAGACCCGAUCGGCCAACGGUCUACGGGCGGCUCGCGGCGCUCCGGUCUUCGGAGUCGCAACCAGUGGUUCGACCUCAAGGUCGUGCCUGGCUACGAGACACCCACCAAGGCGCAGGACGUGGAGCCGAAGUCACUGCGCAACCGGGAGCGUGCCGCCGAUCGCCCCGCGACGAAUACUCCCGUGACGCCUGCCUUCCCCGCCCCCCGCAAGUCAAGGACUACAACUGCAGCGAACAGUCGCCAUGCCACUCCCGUGACCGCCCCGCCUCCAACCGCAGCGCCAGUACUUGCUGCAACCGGCCUCCCAGCCAAACGUGGUCCCGGCCGCCCACGAAAAGACGGUCGACCUCCCGGCUCUGUCCCCGGCCCAUCCCGCGCCACCACUCGGCCCGCCACGCCCAUCACCCCCGCAGCGCCCAUCGUGCCCGUCGCCGCCACCCCACCACCUCCGCCUGCACCACCGGCUUCCGCCCCCGCCACUGCUCCAACUCCCGCACCCGCACCACGCAAGCGCGGCCGCCCCAAGAAAGAAGCACCCGCCGCCUUGCCUCCAGCCAAGCGGCUGAAUCUCUCGCCCGCCUCUGUCGCUGCACCAGCACCAGCACCGGUUUUCGCUGCGGCACCCGUGCUCGCGCACGCGCAUGCGCAGAAUGCUCAGCCUGCUCAGCCCGAGCAAGUCCGCUCGGGCCUGAAGAUUCGGAUCACGGCGGCGGCUGCCACGGCGGCUGCGAAUGCCGAGAGCGAGCGGGACAAGAUGACGGCCGAGGAGGAGUUCAAGGCUGCGCAGAACGCGGACCUGGGGAAGAGGAAGCGCAAGUCCACUAUUCCGGAAGAUGAGGGGGAGGGACUGGGGCAGGGACACGAGAGGGGACACGAGAGGGAGAAGGAGUGGAAGAGGGGGAGGGGCGAGAGGGGGAGUAGUAGUGUUUCGAGGAAGUAG